AAAAAAUGUAAACCCUUAAAUGCUAAUAAAGCGUGUACAGAAUUUUUUAUACUAUUCGAUUAUUUUGAUUGGUUUAGAUUAUUGAUUUCUUUUGCAGACGUAACAGACGUAACGUAUUUGGCGUAGAAUUUUUUUAGCUUAAUUAGAUUUUCUCCUUCACCCUAAUAUCCUAAAUAGAUUUAAAUCAGCUCAGGAUAUAACAGUCUGCCCACUUUUCACUCUUUUUUUUUUUUUUAUUUUAAAAAAGAACCACAAAACAUAAAUCAGACUUUAAAAAAACAUUAUUACAACUAAUCAAAAUGAGAGAAAUUAUUCAUUUACAAACUGGACAAUGUGGUAAUCAGAUCGGUCAAAAAUUUUGGGAGGCCAUCUCUGCUGAACAUGGCCUUGACCCUUCUGGUUCCUAUAACGGCGAUAGUGAUCUCCAACUAGAACGUAUUAACGUAUAUUACAACGAGGCUAUGGGUGGUAAAUACGUGCCAAGAGCUAUUUUAAUAGAUCUCGAGCCUGUAACUAUGGACUCUAUUCGAUCUAGUCCAUAUGGUCACCUUUUCCGUCCAGAUAAUUUCGUAUUUGGCCAAUCUGGCGCUGGAAACAAUUGGGCUAAAGGAUACUAUACUGAAGGUGCUGAACUAGUUGAUUCUAUCCUAGAUGUUCUUCGUAAAGAAGCGGAAUCAACUGAUUGCCUUCAAGGCUUUCAAGUGACCCAUUCUCUUGGUGGUGGUACCGGAUCGGGUCUUGGCUCUUUACUUUUAUCAAAGAUUCGGGAAGAAUAUCCUGAUAGAAUGUUAUGUACAUUCUCUGUUGUUCCAUCACCAAAAGUUUCGGAUACUGUUGUUGAACCUUAUAAUGCCGUAUUAUCGGUUCAUCAAUUGGUUGAAAAUAGUGAUGAAACCUUCUGUAUUGAUAAUGAAGCCUUAUAUGAUAUUUGCUUCCGUACACUUAAAUUAUCCAACCCAAGUUAUGGUGAUCUUAACCAUCUUGUAUCAGCUGUCAUGAGCGGUAUCACAACUUGCUUACGUUUCCCUGGUCAAUUAAAUAGUGACUUGAGAAAACUUGCUGUUAAUAUGGUUCCAUUCCCACGUUUACAUUUCUUUAUGAUUGGUUUCGCUCCAUUAACUUCUCGCAGUUCAAAAGAUUUCCGUUCUCUCUCAGUUCCAGAAUUGACUGCACAAAUGUUUGAUUCACGUAAUAUGAUGGCUGCAUCCGAUCCUCGUCAUGGAAGAUAUUUGACCGUAGCUACUAUUUUCCGUGGUAGACUUUCUACUAAAGAAGUAGAACAACAAAUGCAUACGAUUCAAAUGAAAAAUAGUUCAUAUUUUGUUGAAUGGAUUCCAUCUAAUGUUAAAAUAUCUGUUUGUGAUAUUCCACCAGUUGGUCUCACAAUGUCUGGCACUUUUGUCGGUAACAGCACUGCCAUUCAAGAAUUGUUUAAACGUAUUAAUACACAAUUCACUGCCAUGUUUAGGAGAAAAGCUUUCUUGCAUUGGUAUACAGGUGAAGGUAUGGAUGAAAUGGAAUUUACUGAAGCUGAAUCUAAUAUGAACGAUUUGGUUUCUGAAUAUCAACAAUAUCAAGAUGCUGCCGCCGAAGAAGAGGAUGGCGGUGAAUAUGAAGAAGGUGGUGAAGAAGAAUAUGCUGGAGAAGAGGAGGCCGAAAGCUAAAUAAAAUAAUCAAACAGUAUAGAUAUAGAUAUCCAAAAAAUAUAUAAAAAAAAAAAAACGCCGGAUAAUGUAUUACAUCUUAAUUUUUUCAUAUUUUCCGCUAUAACACAUAUAUACUUUUUUAUAUUACUAUAGACAUUAUUUUUUUAGUUCAUUCAUUCAUAUACAGCUUAUUCGUAUGUAAAAUAAUAACAUUUUUAUCACGCAUUUAACCUCCUUUUAUUCGAUAGCGGAAAUUUCAUGUGUUCCAUUAUGUAUUACAUAAUAUUGGAUUAUUUUUAUAAAAAGAUAUAUAUUCAUUUAUAUAAAUGAGAAAUAUUAUUAAUUUUUAGUACAGUUAGUUAUUAUUAUUAUAUUAUUCAAAUCAAAUGGACAAUUUUCA